AAAGUAAAUUCAGACUCUACCCUCCGAUAAGGCACCCUGUCUGUACUGUAAAUGACAGACUGCAGUCUUGCCUCCUCCAGGAAGGAUCACACUCUGCCUGCAUGUCUCUCCAGUGCAGAACCUGACCUCAAGGAGACAAGAUGGAAUUACAGAUGAUUGCAUGCUGCCAUGUGGGUGCUGGGAACUGAAACCAGGUCCUCUGCAAGAACAAGCCAUGGAAACAGAAAAGUGCAUCCAUGAUGAGCCUCAGUCCAGAAGCAGAAGACAGCAAAAUCUCCAGGAGGUGCUGACAGAAUUGGGGCUGUCUAUUGACUACUGGCUGCCUAAGCUUCAGGAAGACCUGGGUGUGACCUGUGCCCAGGCCUUACAACACUUAGAAGAAAAAGACCUCCAGAAGCUGAAGUCCCAGACACAACACACAUGGGAGAAAAAGGCCCUAGAGAAGCUGAUUGACUUCUCACAGCCAAACAAUGUUGCACACUUCCAAGAGACUCCAGGACAGAUGAUAAAGAACAGGCAAAGGCAGGCAGGACAGGCACUGCAGGAACUGAGGGCCUUGCAGUCACAAGGGAAGCACAGACAGGAAGAGGCAGUGAGGAGGAAAGAAGCAGAGCUGAGACAGGCAAUGGAGAUCCCUGAAGAGUGCUGGCCUGGACUUGAAGUGCCCCUAAAAGACGUCACUGAAACAAUGGAGAGACAUCUCAGUCACAUAGAACAGACACUGGCAAACAGUGAAAACUUCUCAGAUAGAGACCUGCUAAGAUUCACAUCUGGAGGGCUGGCUCUGCAGGGAAUUUAUAAGGCCUCCCACCAAAAGGACCUGGUAGCAAGGAGAGAAGAACUACUCAGGGUCCCUCAGGAAUUCAUCCUCUUUGGAUCUGAGCAAGGAAAACAGAUGGAAACAAAAGAGUUUGCAUCUUCCAAAGAAGAAUCCCAAUUCACAGAAACUGUGGAAAAACUCGGUUUCAGAUUAACACUGUCAGCAAAGGGUGGAGGCUGGGGAUUUAGUUCAGAAGGUGGGAUGGACAAAGUCAAGCAUUCAGAAUCCACAGAUGCCCACCAGUCACAUUCUAAACACUCUUAUUUCUGCUCAUCAAUGUUCAGCUACAACCCACUAGCCUCCUUCCACUUCAGCAAUGAUCAGCUCCAGCUCUCCACCGCUGCUCUCAAGGAACUGAAAAUCAUUGAAGAGCAACUGGAACACACUGAUGGACCAGACAGAUUCCUCUCACUGAGGAAUAGGACUGAAAACUUCUUCAACAGAUUUGGCUCUCAUGCUAAUCAAGGCCCUCUACACCUUGGGGGAAUCUAUUGCUGGAAGGCCAUUUCAGAGGGUUUCAUAAGUGACCAUCUGGAUCAGGUGAAGCAGCAGACAGCAGAAGCUUUGAAUGCCUACAUAAGGGCAAGCUACAGUGGCUUUGGGAUUAAAGUUGGGGGAGAGAUAACAGCAUCAGACUCACAUUCAGUAAGAUCCUACAAAAAUUCAACUAACCAGCAGAUUCAAUUAAAAGUGAAAUUAUCUGUGGCUCAGAUAGGUGGACCACCAGAAGCUAAUGGAAUUUCUCAGUGGACAACUGGACUUCUUGCCAGCAAUAAAACGUGGUCUGUCAUUGACCGAGAACUUCAGCUGGUGCCCAUUUGGGACAUCAUCCUGUCUAACCACAGAAACAAUUUUAAGGACCCCUUUCUGGUGGCUAGUUGCCUAGCAGACAACUACUCUGCUCUGACAGGCCUUGCUGCCCACAUCCAGGCUGGAGAAGAGAUGCUGAGUUCCAUAAAGGAAGCAGGAAAAUUCCUGGAUGAUGUGAAAUCCUGGGAGGUCUCUGACCCAGAAGAACAGCUUAACAACAUGAUAGGAUUCAUGCAAGCAUUGGCUCACAAAACAAAAGGGUAUGACAUUUGGAUUAAUACAUGCCUCACAAACUGGGAUCUACAAAAUUUUCUCAUGAGGACUGUCAACUUUUGCAAGACCUCAUCCAUCGAAAAAACACAGUUUAUUAAAUCUCAGUUCCGCAGCCUUCUAGAACCUCAUGUCUACAAAGUGAAAAACUUUCCUCAGGUAAGGUCAGUCAUUCAGUGGAUCUACCACACAGAGUCAGAGGAACAGCAAGUCAAAAUCACUGAAUUGUCUGAGUUCCUUAGACAUUUGAAAGAAAUCCAAAAAUCUCUCACAGAAGCAAACAUCAAAUCUGAGUUCCCAGAAACAGUGGAAGGGGCUCAAAGGAAGGCCACCUGUGAUGUCACCACAGCUCUUGACUCCUUCUUGAUCUACCUCAGAGAAGCAGAGCAGCCAGACAUGCAGCUGCUACUACUCUCCAUUGCAGCUGGUGCAGGCUAUCAGCUGGAAAGCAGGAUUUUCCAGCCUCUCCUGGGGUGCGCUGAGUUAACCUACCUUCUUGAUGAAAUACAAACUGUCCAACACAGAUAUCAGGAACUCAAAACUAUCUGCAUUGACAGGGCACAGGCAUUCCUGGUGCUCAAAGCUCUGACGACAACUGUUGGGGUCUCAGCCAUUUCUCCAGAAGAAAAAGCACAACGCUUGGCAUUAACAAGGCAACACAUGGAGCACUUAUUGUCUACUAAAGUUGUGCAUGCCCUCACAAAAUUUGGAACAGAUCAUUAUUGGGAAAAUUUAGAGAGUAAUUUGAGAUUACUCAUUGAUGGGAAAUAUGAAGACAUCAUCUCUUCUUUGCAGAUGGAUGAGGUGAGAAAACAAUUGCAAAGUCUCCUGAAUAAAAAGAAAGAAUCUUAUGAACAAGAAGAAAAAGAGGUGAUAGAAAAAGGACCUUUCCUAGACUUACUCCAGCGUCUAGGCCUACAACAUUACUACCCAAAAAGCAUGAGCAGAGCUGACUUCCAUAUGAUUUACAAGACUUCUGUGUACAACACACAGCCAAGAUGUGAAGAGGAACUUCCCUUUUAUUUCCUACAAAAGCUACUGAUGCUAGAUUGUGGGUUCAGACAUCUGAUCUUCAAAAAAGCUGGAAAUGCAGAAACUGGAGACUUUAAAGGUGCCUCUGACCAGGAAGAUGAUGUUAUUGAUCCAUAUGAAGAGUUGUUUGAUGACAGAGAGGAAGUCACUAAAUCUUUAGGCACUGAGUCCCAGUACCACAUUCACCCAAUGGACAUCCAGAUGGCCAUUUUUCAUUGUGCAGAUGAUCUUGCCAGGCAAUAUAUUUUGUCCAAACUUUCCAUUUGUCAAUUUGCACUACCCCUUGUAGUGCCAAAUCCCAAUAAUUCUCACAUGGAAUUUUCUCUCUGGUCUCUCAGGCAAGUUAGGAAAAGUUGGCAAGAGUCAAGUAAAUCACCACAGGACAAAAGUUACAGUCACAAGAAAGAGCAGAUGUGCUGUGUCUCUAGUCCCAUUGUGUCCUUCAUUAGAGUUGGAAAUAUCCUUUCUGCUUCUAAAUCUCAGAUCAUGAACUCUCUCCUCAGCAGACAUAAACAUGAUGUGUUUUUUCACAGACACAGCAGAGGAAGCAGCAAACACUGUCUCCUGAUGGAGGGAGUGGUGGAGAUAUGCUGGUUCUGCCCAGGAAGCCAAGGUGAGGACAUAUUUGACAAGUGUGUGGCUUUCACAAACCUUCAUGGAGAUGCCAAAGAACAUAGGCAACAACUCAGCUUCCUGCAGGAUGUCUCUUCUCUCAUCGUGAUCCUCAUGUCAGCUUCUGAUAACAAUAAAGAAAACCAAAAACUUGUCAGACACCUGUGGCAGUCAUCAAAAUCUCUGGUCUGUUUAAUUGAUGACAAAGAAAAAGUAAUGACUAAUAAUUCUGGAAAAAAGGUAAGAAUUGGCAUUAGGAAUAGAAACGAGGCAGAAUUAACAGAAGAACUCAUGACCACCAUCAAAAAUUUACUGGAGAUCUCUGGCACUGCUCUCAGUAUAGAAGACUGUUCACAGGUGGCUCGAAAACAAGGAUUCAAGAUUGAUGAAGACCAAAGAAAAUUGAAGGAAGCCAAAGAAAAAGCCCAGACAAAUAUGGAACUCCUGAAACAAACCAAGUUGUCUCAGGUAAAAGAAAAUUUGGUACCUCUUCAGGGACAACUGUGGCACCUUUGGUGUAAGAAAGACAAAGAACUCUAUCAUCUGCAAGAAAAGGGGCAUCGGAGCAUUGAACAACACAAGAAUGACAUUGAGACAGAAAAACAAAAAAUACGAUGGCAGCAGUUUAAAAAGGCCUUCCCCCUCAAUGAUUUAAUGCAAUCUGUCUUAAAAAUUCUCAAAGAAGACUCAGAAAAUGAUCUCAAACUUUACUUCUUAUACUGGUUAAGUGUAGUUUUGGAAAACCUAACCAAGGAACAUUUGGAGAUUUUACAUGAAAAUCAGCAAAUUUUAUGGUCACAGGUACAGGUAGAAAAGAAAAAGGCAGAGAAAAGCAACUUGCUUACACUGUGGCAGAAACAGAUAGAAGCCAUCUCUACGGAGAUUCUUAACUGCACUUUUGGAAUUGAGCACCUUCUCCGAGAAGUUGGCCAGAUCUAUGAAGCUCUGGAAGAAACUUCCUCCUCUAGAGAUAGCCUUUUUCUCUGCCUCCCCCAAAUAGCUGCAGAUCUGUUGGUAGCUGGUGUUCCCAUUGAGCUCAUGGAUGGGGAUGCUUCAUAUGUGCCUCUAAAGUGGGUGGCAGCUGUUUUUGACAAGGUCUCAGAGAAACUUGGAGAUAAAAGACUGUUUGUUCUCUCUAUCCUUGGUCUGCAGAGCUCAGGGAAGUCUACCCUACUGAAUGCACUGUUUGGGUUAGAGUUCACAGUUAGUGCAGGCAGAUGUACCAAGGGAGCCUACAUGCAGAUCUUGGAGGUGGAUGAGAAAUUUGCAGAAGAGGUUGGCUUUGAUUUUAUGCUUGUUGUAGACACAGAAGGACUCCGGGCUCCAGAACUCAACAAUAAAUCCCAGAAUUGGGACAAUGAGUUGGCUACAUUUGUUAUUGGCCUUGGGAACUUGACUCUGAUCAAUAUUUUUGGGGAGAAUCCAUCAGAGAUGCAGGACAUCCUCCAGAUAGUUGUUCAGGCCUUUCUGAGAAUGAAACAAGUGAAAAUCUCCCCCAGUUGCAUCUUUGUCCAUCAGAAUGUAGGAGAAGUAACAGCAAAAGACCAAACUAUGGAAGGACGAAGGAGACUGGAGCAGAGACUGGAUGAAAUGACCGCAUUAGCAGCUGAACAGGAAGAGUGCUCAAACAUAACCCACUUUAAUGAUGUAAUUAAAUUUGAUGUCAAUAGUCAUGUCUACUACUUUGCCCACCUCUGGGAUGGCAAUCCACCAAUGGCUCCUCCUAAUCCUCGCUAUAGUCAUAAUGUCCAGGAACUGAAGAGUGGGAUUCUUAGGAUUGCCCAGCAGGAAUCCAGGGGAAGAAUCAUGAAGAUCUCAGAUGUCAAAUUUAGAGUUCAAGAUUUGUGGAAGGCCCUGGUCAGUGAGAAUUUCAUUUUCAGUUUUAGGAACACACAAGAGGUCAUAGCCAUGAGUAAACUGGAAACCAUGUAUAACCGCUGGACCUGGGAACUGAGGAAUCAUGUGCUGGAAUUACAGAAUCAGUUGAACAAUCAGAUUCAAAAUGGAAAAAUCCCGACACUCACAACCGAUGUACUAGAAGGUCCACUUAACAACAAGUAUGAAACUAUCAAGCAAGAAUUUGACAAGUAUUUUGAAGAAGACCCGGAGAGUGAUACAUUGAUACAAUGGAAAGCAAAUUUUGAACAUAAGCUACUAAUUCUUAAAGAUGCACUUAUUUCAGACACCAGAAGCAAAGGCAAUGAACUCAUCAGUCUUAAAAAAAGCCAAGAAACACUAGAUAACCAAAAGUCACAAUAUGAAAACGAAUUGUUAGAGAGGAGUCGAAAGUUGGCUUUACGUCUGAAAGGUAAAGAAUUGAAUGAUGAAGAGUUGCGUGAGAAAUUCAAUCAAGUUUGGACAAAUUGGAUUUACAAUGUGUCUUCUACUGCACCUCCUGUUACAGAGCCCAACAUAGAUGGGGAUGCUGAAAGCAUUUUUCUAGGUUAUUUCAAAAAGGAAAGAAAUAUUGCAGAAAAACUAAAAAGAAAGGAUGGAGAAAUAUUUGACAUUGAUUAUGAGAAGCAUGUCCAAAUGAAAAAAAAAUAUCAUAUAAUUCCAAGGACUUUAGAAACUUGCCAUAAAGAGUCCAUUAAUAAAACUACUAAGAACAUUUUUUUAAUAUUUAAUGAUACAAUUACAAGCAUUUGGAAGCAAAAGCGUGAUUACAAUCAGAACGAUUUUCAUAAAAUCCUGAGGAUAUUAGAAACGUCUGUUUCCCCUGAGGAAGAUUACACAUUUACCAGAGACUACACCAUUGACUUAGCCUUAUUUUUAUUCCAAAAAGCAUCUAAGAGUUUCAAAGAAAUGCAUGAGGCAUUCAAGAGAUCAAAUGACCCUGUGAACUAUCUGGAGAUCAAGAAAGAUGAUUUCUUCAUGAGUUUUAAGAUCUCCUGCCAAGGUGCUACCUCCAUUACAUCCUUUGUUGACUUCCUGUGGCUCAAGCUCACUCCUGCUAUCUCUACCACCAUAUGGGACAAAAUAGGUCUUAAAGUAGCUGGGGACAUGAGAGCUACCUGCCCUGAAUUCAAUGGAAACAGGGCUAACUUGGAGAAUCAUAUUCUCAUUUCUCUGGCAGAAGAAGAAAACUUUGAUAAGUAUUGGCAAUACAUUCAUCAGCCACAUUCCUUUUUCAGGGAUUACAUUAGAGACCACAUUAGAACAUACUGUUCAGAAAAAGAAGGUGAAAAAGUAAAAACUUUUUUAAAAAUAAGUUUAGGUGACAUCAAGAAUGCCAUCCUCACUGCUAUUCACAAGACCACAGAAGUCGCUUAUGAUAAUAGCAGCACCGCUUCUCGCUGGUUGGAUUUGUUCUGUGAUCAUCUAGGGAGCAACUUGAUCUUUCCAAGAAGAGACCUGAUAAGCAUCGAGCACCAGGAGAUUAAGGAUACUGAGUUUCUCAAAGAAGCCAUGAGUGCAGCUUUGGAUCCUGCAAUGAGGAAAGUAGAAGAGGACUGCUCAGGGAGGCCCAUAGAUGAAAUAGUUCCUGACAUUGAGAAAAUUCUCUCUGAGCAUCUCUGUGGCUGCUGGAAACAGUGUCCUUUUUGUAAAGCAAUUUGUACAAACACUAUUCCCUCACAUGAAGGAGACCACAGUGUGCCUUUCCACCGCCCUCAGGCUGUCAGUGGAGUCCAUUAUCAUAAAACAGACUACUUUGUCACUGACAUCUGUACUACUUCUGUAGCAAGUGAUCGUUCAUUUAUUUUAAAUGAUAUCCGUACAUUCCUAUACAAGAAAUAUCGAGAAGCAGGAGGUGAUUAUGCCACAUGGAGCAUCACUCCAGACUUAUCUACCCAGCCGUAUUGGAAAUGGUUUAUCUGUCACUUCAGAUCGAAGCUUGAAGAGAAAUAUGGAAGAAAAUUUACAAAUUUAGGUGCUAUUCCAGAUUCUUGGAACAGAAUAAGAAAGCAAGAAAUUCUUGAUGACUUGAAAAAAUAAUGAUUGCCAAAAUCAACACUAGCACUGCCACAAAAUUUCAAAUUAACAUAGGAAACGUCAUAUCAAUUUAGGUAGCCCCUUCAAGAUUAUACUUUAUAAAUGAAAUAAGUAAAAUCAAAUUAGUUAAUAUUUCAGUAUUUGAAGAUUUUCUUCUAGAAAGAUUUUUUCUCUUGAUCUUCUGCUUAAAUAUAAUGUACUAAAUAUGUGAAUAUAUAGUAAAAAUUAGUAUCCAUUCACAAGCCUAUUUCAAACUUCAUUAUUUCUUUUUUUCCUUUUUUUGAAAUUGAAAUUAGAAACAACCUUCUUUUAUGUGUCAAUACCAGUUCCCUGUCCCUCUCCUCCCCCCCUCCCCUGCCCCCCAACAACCCUCUAUCCCAUCCCUUUUCUGCUCCCCAGGGAGGGUGAGGCCUUCCAUGGCUGGUCUUCAAAAUCUAUCAUACCAUUUGGAACAGGGCCUAGACCCUUCCCCAUGUGUCUAGGUUGAGAGAGUAUCUCUUUAUGUGGAGUGGACACCCAAAGUUCAUUCGCAUACCAGACCCAUAGAUUAACCAGACCUCCAAAGUGACAUCCAAAUUCAGGGGGUCUGGAACAGUCCCAUGCUGGAUUCCCAGCUAUUUGUUUAAAUGUUUAGUGACUGAGGGAAAGUUGAGUCAUUUCUGGCUAUUGUUGAUUCCUUUACAGCAAAUGAAUGGUAAGUUCAACCAACGUAUACAUCUGGGGAAAUGCUACAAUUUGCCUUAAAUUAGUUUAAAUGGAUGUUUUCACCCACUCCAGUCGUGAAAAAACACUUCUGACUUUCAUUGUAUCAACAUUCAUUGUUUAUUGAUGAUGCCAAAAUAAAGAAUUUUAGUAAUGUCUCUUCUGGAAAAACAAAUAAACCAGACUUGGUCAGUACAUAUUUUCAAGGAAA